CUGACCCGCGGAAAGAAGAAGCGUUGCGACGUUGGCGUUUCGAAAAUAUUUUGUUGGUAUGAAAGCAAUCAAGCCGGCCGGCAUGCGGAGUAUGUAACCGUUUUACCUAAUCUUUUGAUAUUCUAUAUUCGACUAGCAGAGGUUCAGUCAUACCCCUGCUAUCAGACACACUACCCGAACGAACCGCAGUGCAGAGUUCUUCACAGGACACAGAGCUAGAGAGCACGGGCAAAAUAGCUGAUAAUCGUUUUCAGGUGUUAUCGUUUUGGCGUGUCACAACCCUGGAGCUAGCUAGCUGGAGCUGACAAUUGCAGUGCAAGCCAUUGCAUGAUUGAAGCGUGCUAGUCCUGUGUUUGCAAGCGCCGACUGCACCAUGUAUCCCGAAGCGGUGGACGUUGCUGCUGCUAUAUCGGCCGGUGCAUCCGCGCCAGAGAUCAACGCCACCAGUUCUGGCUCCUGCACGGGAGCUAGUAGCGUCCUGGAGAAGAACGAGGCGACUCGGCACGCCCGUGCAGAGCCGGCGGGCGGUAGCAUCGACACCGCAUCCAUCAUCGCAAAGAGCCCGAGUCGUUUGCUCUCCGGCGGCACGACCGCACUGCGCGCCAACUCGUCUUCUGCAUACGGGAAGGGCGGCCGAGAGGAGGAUGGUUGUGACGAGCAAGAACGUGACGGUGUGGUGGCCGGAGCGGCGGGUGACGCAGGAGAAGAGGAUGACGGGCUGGACACAAUCCAAGCAUCGAGCAGUUCUGUCAGUCUCACGGGCAAGAAGAAAAGAAAGAAGAAAAAGCUGGGCAUAUGCCUCUCGCACUGCAAGUACGACAGUGUCAGGCGCUGUUCCACAGCACUAGGUAUGAAGGAGAUGUCGGAGGGUGAGGACUGGACGCUGCUUUGGAUGGACUGGGCGCCCACCAUGGACAGGGUCGGUGACAUGAAGAUGUAUCAGAAAGUCAACCACUUCCCCGGGAUGCAGGAGAUCUGUCGCAAGGAUAUGCUCGCUAAGAACAUGAACCGUCUCAGCAAGAUGUUCCCGAAGGACUACAACAUCUUUCCACCAUCCUGGUGCAUGCCACAAGAUUACGGUGAUUUCCAGGCAUUCUGCCGCACCAAGAAGAACAAGACGUUCAUCAAAAAGCCCGAUGCAGGCUGCCAGGGAAAAGGCAUUGUCGUCACAAGAAACCCAAAGGACAUUUCAACGAAGGACAACUGCGUAGUCCAGCAGUACCUGUCCAAGCCGUUCUUGAUCGACGGCUUCAAGUUUGACUACCGUAUUUACGUGCUGAUCACGUCGUGCGAUCCGCUGCGCGUGUUUGUCUACAAGGACGGACUUGCACGGUUCUGUACCGUCAAGUAUACCGAUCCAACACAGAACAACGUGGAUUCCGUCUGCAUGCACCUGACUAACUACGCUAUCAACAAGCACAGCACAAACUUUGUCCGUGAUGAUGACAGCGGCAGCAAACGGAGAAUCACCACUGUGGACAAGUGGUUUGAGAAUAACGGAUAUGAUAUCAAGAAGAUCUGGGGAGAUAUUGAGGACGUGAUCAUCAAGACCCUGAUCAGCUGUCACCCGAUCAUCAAGCACAACUACCGCUCUUGCUUCCCGAGCUUGGGCAUGCGGCACAGCGCUUGCUUCGAGGUGCUUGGCUUCGACGUUAUGCUGGAUCGCAAGCUGAAGCCAUGGAUCAUCGAGGUGAACCUGUCGCCGUCAUUCCACACCGAUGCCCCGCUGGACAAGGAAGUAAAGGAAGGUCUGCUGAACGACGCCCUGCAGCUGAUUAACCUGCACGGUAUAGACAAGAAGAAGGCACUGGAGGAUGAACGACGACGUAUGCGAGAGCGACUGCUCAGCCGCGGCAAGCCAAAAUCAGGGUUUUCUGUGGACGCCCAAACUCGCGCCGAGGAUGAGGCAUAUCUGGAGAAGUUCGAGGAUGCUCACCUUGGCGGCUACCGACGUAUUUACCCGCAGAACAACAAGGAGAAGUACGAGCACUUCUUUGAAAACUGCGGCUCCUUGUUCGGCGAAACAGCGGCCUAUCGGGCUAGGCAGGAAUGCGCAAGAGCACAGCGCGAGGAAAUCGAGGCCAAACUUCAGGAGAAGCAGCGCUGGAAGGACAAGCUGCAGCAUCGCUCCACCACUGUGGCAGCCAACCUCGGUGGCGCGGGUGUGCGGCGAAGUGACACCAGCGCUGGUGGUCGCCACGGCGUCAACAGCCUGCCGCGGCCGGAGAGUCCGCAGGGCCCGCGUCGCUUCCGCCAGUCCUACUCGGCCGGUGACCGUGACAACCACAUCAUGGCGACGGCUGCACAGCACGGUCAGCAGACGAGUGGGUCACUCGGACAGCGAGCAGCUGUUGAAAUGAAAACUGUUCCAUUCCCAGCAUCGGCACCGGCCACCGUACAUCCCGAUCACGAGGCAUGGCCUAUCGAUGAGGCGGCAGAGAAAGAGCGGCUGGACCUGCUGAAGAAGCGCGGAGAGAUCCUGACGGAUCUGCGCAUCGACGAGUAUGUCUACUGCCUCUUAGCAGCGGUGGGUAACCCCAUCGGUUUGGACACGUCCCUGGCCAUCCCAACCAACGCCGUGCGGACGGAUGCCGUUGUGCUGGACGCAAACAGCCACAGUAUGCUGUUACCCAUGCAGCGUAGAGGAAUAACCGCAGGCAACACAGUACCACUACCUGCAACUGUCACUGGACGACAGCAGCAGACAACAGCUUCCCGCGGCAUCACACCGCGCCGCACAUCAAAGCCGCCGGUUCACCACCAGCAGCCUGCCCUGCGCCAGAGUCCAAUGUCUUCCUCGCUGUCCGCUGGUGAUGCCCGUCACCCAAAGCAAUCACCGGCGCAUCGACAUCACCAAGCGCACCCUAACAACGCGUUGAUCACUGCAGACCCGACUGCCAUGCUGGCAGCCGACGUGCGCCGACCAAUCGCCACGACAACACAACAGCAACGGCACGCUCCCACCUCGCGCCGUGCACUCUCGUUCAGCCAGGAAGCACAGCAACAGCAUCGUGGCAUACAAGGAGCGGAGAGGGAGCAGAACACGGCAACAAGGGCGAAUGCCACAGCUAGCUUUGAAAGUCGAUAUUCCUCUCUAGCUGGAGAUGUUGCUAGCAACGGUAACGAUGGGAACGCACGGUUACGGAACUCUUUGCCAGAGCCGUCGCCGUCAAUUCACUUCCAGCCGCAGGGCACUGCAUCAUCAUCAGUAGCAUCAGGAGGACUGAUGGUGCAGCAUUCUUUGCCGACGACGCUGACAAGCAGUAGUGGAGCGCUGGCAACAACACUGCCGCUCACGCAUCACCACCAGUCCAGCAUACCGACCACGGCCAGCCAGCACAUACUGGCACACGCUUCGUCGGUCACCUCCACGUUCCUGCCGCAGAACCUCACCAUCAGUGGACUGGGUAUCGCCGCAGAGCAGCGCAACGGUAGUGGUACUGGCAGCAGUGGUUCUACGGCAUCCAGAUCGCAAAACCCGCGCACCGGCGGCUUAUUACAACGCCCCACGGCCAUGGCACCGCCGGCGGCAUCGGCGUUUGCAGAUCCUUACGACGGCUCUCAACGCCACCUGACUGGGAUGUCUGCUGAUCGAUCAUCUGCCGCGGCACGAGCGUCGCAUCUGUCCUCGUCCAGCCGCGGCAAUGUACACCAUCUGCAGUCCAUCUCCUCGAGCUGAUGUACGCGUCUGUUAGGAACAGCUGUGUGCGCUUCCUCUGAAAUGAUCUGAGGCACCAUGGCAUCCACAAAAUUUAUGGUAUUGCUGUACCCGGCGCAGGAUGGCUGGAGGGAAACGAAGCAAAGCAGCAGCGGAGGCAAGAGGUUUGAAAAAUAUCACUGCCGCCCCUGGAAUGCUAUAUCAAAGCCUCUCCUCCAUUUUCGUCCCAUGCGGUCCGGAAGAUUCCUGGUGCUAAUAUCUAUCACACAACCCAAGUCAGGUAACAUAGCCUGAUUUCUGUACGUGCAACUUACUCCCUAGAGAACGUGCUGUAUAUUUGAUCUAUCCUUAUCUGUCCAUGUACUUCAAGUAGUAUGCAUUUACGUUUGGUUUUGUCUAUUUCGCCAUGUAGCAUCGUGCCUUUACAUUUGGACAUUCUUGAUCUUGUUGUUCUUUAACCCGCUAUUCUGUUUCUGUAGAGGACACCGGUAUGCUGAUCGACUUGUUCGAUAUCUAUAGUGCGACUUAUGAUUUUCAUGUUAUAUGCCUUGCUUGAUCCGCUUCCUCUGAAUCACUGGGAAUGAAUUCUCCGUCUUCCUUCACCCAUUUGCCGACCGUCCCCAAGUCUUUUUGUCCGGCACAACUAACUUGUAACAUGAUCACCUUCUCAGAAUUUAUAUGAUAUUAUCCAGCUUUUCUGUACAUAUCCAUCUGUCGUCCGUCGGAAAUUUUCUCAUCUCGUUCAGAUUGAUUUGUGCAGAUUGAUGAUGUACGCCCACAGACUGCAGGACUUUGCAGUGUUGAUCAUUGUCGUGUUGUGAACAACAGACACAGAAUGUUAUCCUUGUCGUGUUUUCCGUCUUCGUUCCACUGA